GAACCUACGGCGUUUCCAGCUUCAAAGAAUCCACAGAGAGACGAGCAAGCGCUCACAAAUGGCUCUCUUUAAUCUCUCUAAAAUCAGUCCUUCCCUUCUUUCCUCACCAAUCCACCGCAAUUUCAGCGUCUUCACAAAACCCAUUAAACCCAUUAUCGCCGCAACAGCAGCCCCCAUUCUCAGCUCCACUUCAUUCCCCGCCCCCAAAUCCACUCUCACGGCCUCCGAACCAAUUCCCAUCACCGAUUUCUCUGAAUAUCCCGAAGAGACCCACCUGCCCAUCUCCCCUGAGAAGCUAUUUGUGCCGCCGGAUACGGAUAUCUCCGGCGGCGGCGCCGCCUUGGGGCCGAGAAUCUUGAAGGGGUCGAACAUUGUGUUGGGUCGGUACGCGAGGGAUGCUCAGAUUUCUGAGGCGGAUUUUGUGAAGAGUAGUGUGAGAACUGAGGACUGCCCCUCUGAUGGGCUUCCUGAAUUUGCUCUUAUUGGCCGCUCGAAUGUGGGGAAAUCGUCGCUUCUGAACUCGCUCGUUCGGCGAAAGCGGCUCGCUCUCACCUCCAAGAAACCAGGAAAGACACAGUGCAUAAAUCAUUUUCGAAUUAACGAUAGUUGGUACUUGGUCGAUUUGCCUGGAUAUGGUUAUGCAGCUGCACCACAGGACCUCCGAACCGACUGGAACAAGUUUACCAAGGACUAUUUUCUAAAGCGGUCCACGUUGGUUUCCGUUUUCCUUCUUAUAGAUGCAAGCAUUCCUGCCAAACAAAUUGAUUUAGACUAUGCUAGUUGGUUGGGUCAGAAUCAGAUUCCAAUGACGAUAAUAUUCACGAAAUGCGACAAACGGAAGAAGAAAAAGAACGGUGGAAAAAGACCAGAAGAAAAUGUGAGCGACUUUCAGGAAUUGAUCAGCGGUUUCUUCCGAACCACUCCGCCAUGGAUCAUGACUAGCAGUGUCACCCAUCAAGGUCGGGACGAAAUUCUUCUGCAUAUUUCUCAGCUGAGGAACUACUGGCUCAAGCAUUGAACAAAUACUUUACAGCUUCACCUGCCCGAAUCAACCAGCUUGCAGAUGUUUCCCGACACAAAUCGAAAUGCUUGUUCUCGACCCGAAUUUGGUUUUUUGAGUAUUCUAUCUUGUAUUAUAUUCAAGAGGCUAAGCUGUUUUGACAGAAGACGUGAAUUUUGAAGAGCUUACAAAGUCAACAAUGGUGGAAAGAAUGGCUUUUUAGUUGCACCAUCUGCAUCAUGUCUCCGCCAUAACUUCAAAAACAGGAAAUAGAAUGGAAGAUUGGUGGAAAGUCUUCUCAGUUUGCUGUUUGGAGAUGUCUAUUCGCUACUCGCUGUUGGAGCAAGUGGGUCCCAUUUAUUCCAGUUGGGGAUUACGUUAUUCCCGUCCAAAACCUUUGGCUUCUUUACAAGAAAUUGAGCCUUGUUUGUAAUAUGUCGUGUAUAGUGAGGUUGUUUGGAGAUCUUUGCCCAAUCAACUGAUUUUUCUUAGUACAAACUUGGAGUCUUUCUACCAAAUCGAAGUCACAUCCUCUUGAGGAUCA